GACUAUCAUCCAUCGUUAUGUUUCAUGUUUUUCAGCUGUGUUUGCAUUCUUUCCCCUAUUUGAUUUCCUCAUCAUUUUAUAGGCACAGCUCCAUGAAGGCUGAGGAGGCCACCGGCACAGCUCCCUUUCACCUUGACCUCUGGUUCUACUUCACCCUGCAGAACUGGGUUCUGGACUUUGGCCGCCCCAUUGCCAUGCUGGUGUUCCCUCUCGAAUGGUUCCCGCUCAACAAGCCCAGCGUGGGGGACUACUUCCACAUGGCCUACAACAUCAUCACGCCCUUUCUCCUGCUCAAGCUCAUCGAGCGCUCGCCGCGCACCUUGCCUCGCUCCAUAAUCUACAUCAGCAUCAUCACUUUCAUCAUGGGCGCCAGCAUCCACCUGGUGGGCGACUCCGUGAACCACCGCCUGCUCUUCAGUGGCUACCAGCACCACCUGUCGGUCCGCGAGAACCCCAUCAUCAAGAAUCUGAAGCCGGAGACGCUGGUGAGGCCGCCCCGCAUAAACCAGUACAGGGAUCGGUGGGGAGGAGGCGGCUGGGAGGGGCGGCUGGGCAGGCCUCCGAGGCAUUGGCUUCCCUGUUGCAGGUACAUCCCCUUCUUCCUCAUCCUCUUCAUGUACUUCAGCGGCUGUUUCACUCCCACCAAAGCCGAGAGCUCAAUGCCAGGGGCGGCCCUGCUCCUGGUGGUGCCCAGUGGCCUGUACUACUGGUACCUGGUCACCGAGGGCCAGAUCUUCAUCCUCUUCAUCUUCACCUUCUUCGCCAUGCUGGCCCUCGUCCUGCACCAGAAGCGCAAGCGCCUCUUCCUGGACAGCAACGGCCUCUUCCUCUUCUACUCCUUCGCCCUCACUCUCCUGCUGGUGGCGCUCUGGGUCGCCUGGCUGUGGAGUGACCCUGUACUCAGGAAGAAGUACCCAGGCGUCAUCUACGUCCCUGAGCCCUGGGCCUUCUACACCCUCCACGUCAGCAGCCAACACUGAGUCCCUGGCAUCAGCCACUGGUGCUCUGUCGGGCAGGAGAUGGGUCAUAGAGGGUGUUGGAGCACAGGGUGUGUGUGUACAUGUGCUUGUUUGUGUGUAUAUGUGCAUGCACAUGAGUGUGCGUGUGUGUCCACCCACAUGUGUAACCGAAACUGAGAACAUGAGUGAGUACACAUUGUGCGCACGGAUGGGUGUGUUUGUGUGUGCAUGUGCGCGUGCGUGGCUUACAUCACCAGGAGACUCCGUUGUUCUGGUCAAGUUUCUGUUUGGUUUGGAUCUUUUCAAGAUGGGAUUUUGUUUUAGGCCAAGAUGUGGGCACUGUCUUCCCCCUCACUCUCACUGCUCAGGGCUGACCCUUCUUCCUGGGAAGUUCUCUGAGACCCAUACAGGAGAGGCCUGGGGAGGGCAUUUGGCGUGUUACCCACCAUCUGGCCCACUCCUCGGGCCCACCCUGACCCCAGAAGCCAGAUUACAUAGGUCACGAGGACUUUCUGUGUAUUGCUGAGCAAGCACCUCCCUUCUCGGCUUCAUUUGCACUAGAUGGGCCAAGGGUUCCAAAGUGAGUUGGUGGGCUGGUUGCAUUCUCCUCUUGGGCAGCCGAGGGAUAGAGUAGUUCCAUCCUGACACUGUCCUCGAACCCUGGAAGGGAUAUGUGCACCCCAGGCCCUCACCCCACCUCAGGUUGCAUGGGGUGCUGAGCCACCCAACCCCGAGGGCCCACAGGCCAGCCCACUCCCCUAACCACCAGCAGAUUGCGUGGUCUGGCAGUGAUCGCACUCCAGCAGCUCUGCCUCCAGGAGAAUUGUGGCCCCACUGCAGCAGCCUGACUGCAGGCUCUGAGCUGCAGCUGAUGCCCAGCUCACACUGGCUCUGUCCUCCGAACUCCUGCAGGGGGUGGGGGCAGGGUUGAGCCUUUCUCCAGGCAGCCUUGUCUUGGUCUGAACCUCAGCCUUCUGCCUGAGCCCUUCUCCCAGAAAAGGGAGCCUCAUUCCCAGCAGGGUGCCCCCCCUUCUCCCAGGCACUGCAAACUUCACCCAGCGGCAGGCCUCACAGCCUCAUCUGCAGCCAGCACUGGCCCCCAUGUACCUGUGGGUCUCAAAGGGGCCUGCCUUGCUCUCCCCAGACCUGCCCCCUCUCCUGUGUUCUCAGGGAGCCCCGUGCCUCAGAUUCUCCUUUCAUGUUGGGGUCCCUCUGAAGCCCCCUCAGAGGUCCCCCAGCCUCUGGUCAGUCCCUGUCUGCCGGCAGCAUCAGGUGGGGAGAGGUGUGAAUAAAGGCAGUGUGGAAGCCAA